UUCCAUGUUCACAUCCGUACAUCAACCAUCAAUCAAUGUUGCUCAGGGACCUGCUCUUACUGUGUUGGCAUAAUGAGGCACCUGCAUCAGUGGGAGAUAAAUUUAAGUCUAGACAUGUGCACAAAAAGAAAUUUCAGUGCAGUGGAUGGGAUCCUUGUCAUUGUGCCCUGGGGAAUUAGCAGAAGAAACUGACCCAUAAGACUACAGAGCUUGCUCUUCUCUAUCCAGGCUGAAAUUAACUCAAUGAUUGUUCUAAGAAGGGGACAAUGAAUAACAUUACUGAGUGCAUGGACAAUUACAAUCUGGAUAAGAACUUGUUUCCAUUUGUUUACAUCACUGUGAUUGUGGUCAGUAUUCCUGUCAACUGUACAUUCCUCUGUGUAUCUUGUAUACAAGUGAAGAAAAAAAAUGAGUUAGCAAUAUAUCUCUUCAGUUUAUCCCUAGCUGACCUCCUAUACUCUCUGACCUUGCCUCUGUGGAUUGAUUACACUUGGCAUGGAGAUACCUGGCGAUUCUCUGCUUUGCUCUGCCAGAUUUCUGCCUUCCUUAUGUACAUGAAUUUUUACACCAGUGCUGCCUUCCUCACUUGCAUCUCUGUGGAUAGAUACCUGGCAUUAGUUCACCCUUUCAAGUUUCAACACCUGCGCACAAGAAGAUUUGCCUUACUUGUUAGCAUCUUUGUUUGGAUUUUGGAAACCAGCCUGAACAGUAUGAUUCUGGUGAAGGAUGAAACAUUCAACAAGGUUUGCAAUUCCACUCGCCAUGUCUUAUGUUAUGAUAAAUACCCUUUGGAAAAAUGGCAAGCCAUACUAAACAUCUUCCGGAUAUGCUCAGGAUACAUGAUCCCUUUGGCCAUCAUGCUGUUUUGCUAUCAAAAAAUCUACCAAGCUGUGAGGCGUAAUCAAGCCACAGAAGACGGAGAAAAAAAGAAAAUCAAGAAGCUGCUAUUGAGCAUCACCAUUACUUUCUUCUUUUGCUUCACUCCCUACCAUGCUGUGUUGCUGAUUCGCAGCAUCAAUGAGCCAGACAAUGUCAACUUUGUCCAUAUGUUUAAGCCUUAUAGAAUUACACAGGCCUUAACAAGUUUCAACUGUAUUGCUGACCCAAUUCUGUACUGCUUUGUGAGUGAAACUGGGAGAACAGAUAUCCUGAACAUGCUCAAGCGCUGCUUUUGUGUGCGACAAUCUGAGUUACAGCAGCCAACCGAUGCUACUAUGACUAGUAUUAUUAAAAAGAACGCUACAGCAGAGACACUGAAGUCAUCGACAGACCUUUAAGUGAAAAUGAACUUUUUUUCCAAAAUGCCCAAUACAGUGAACUGCCAAAGAACUACAUAAUUGAUGAGACAGGCAAAAUUCUUUCCUCAUUUACACCCAAGAAACUCCACUAAAGCUGUAUACUAUUCAAAAUAAUGUGAAAUCAGUGGAGUUGCCUGGGUGUAACUGAGGGGAAAAUUCAGCCAUUAUAUUAUUUUGCUUUACAUACAUCAUGCAAGGGCAAGUAUGUGGUCUAGUGAUCUAAAAGAGGUUAAUGUGAGUCAGGACUCAUGGGUUCUAUUACUGGAGGAUCUAAUAGGGAUUCAUUAUGUGACCAGGGCAAGUCACUGAAGUUUCACCAGUAUACUGAAGUAGAGAAGCAGGACUAAUGUCAUUGUUCUAACCCAGGGAUCGGCAACCUU